AUGGAAGUGGAUUUCGAUGCUCCGUUAUCUAACAACGCCCGACAUACAGCUCCCUGCGAGCAUUAUCUGUUCGCUUUGAGAGAGUACUCAAAAAUAUUACGUCUGGCGAGACGGAACACAAAUGAAAUUUUGGAAGUAGAUCGUCAAGAGGCUUUUAUCAAAACCGUCGUAUCAGGCCUCAAAAUCAUAUCUAGCGUUCGAGAACAACAUAUACUCAAAAAUACACAUUCAAUAUGGUGA